AUGACGUCUGGGUCAUCCGCACUGGUUGAUCACGCGACAUCAACACCACCUCGAAAGCCCUCGACCAGGACAGUAGCGCAACGGAAAGUCUAUGGAAAGAAGAAGAAGAAUGCACCACGAGCAGUCCUUGAUCCAAAGAGUCCAUCAUGUACGCCCGAUCGGCCUCAAGAACCCAGCGAUCCCGUUGAAGCUAUCCAGACCAAGCUAGCUCAAGUGUCCCUUGUCGACGAGACAGCAAGAACUCCAGCACUGGUACCAGAGGUACCAGAAACACCAACGAAGGAACUUGGAGAUCAAUCAAAAUAUAUUACUAUAGAAUUGGACGAUGAGUUGACCACAGACUCUUCUUUACCACAACAACCCGCGCGCACCCCGACUAAACAACCAUGCCCCGAUGCUUCACCUACGAGGAGGAACGGCCGUCAAAAGACGGUGGAGGUCAGAAUCUACAACAAAAAGUCCAACAACACAAAAUCUACGAGGGCCGAGAAGGACGAAGCGCCAUCCGCAAGCACACAAACACCACGAAAGAAGACCGCCAAAGCACGCAGAUCCUCUGGAUUCGUCCGCGACCCCGAGGCAAACAGCUACGUCCAGCCAAUCCUCAACGAGGCACUAUCACCACUCGCAUCGCAAAGUAUCCAAAGAUUCAGCACCUGGGCUUCGCGCUCAGCCAGCAUGUUCGACGUCGCAAAACUUGCCGAGGGUUCAUACGGAGAAGUCUACAAGUUACACCUGCGGGAGGAAAGCAGCCGUCCGGCAGUCUCAAAGUCUAAAUUAGCGAAGCUCAAAGCUUACGGAAAUGGAGUAUUCAAGGUGGUGCCCUUGUGUGCGAAGAAGGGCCCCGGGUCCAAGAAAUUCACCAGCAUCGCUGAAAUCGCGUCGGAAGUAAAGAUGCUCAAGUACCUAGAUCCAAUUCCUGGGUUUGCGCGGUUCAGAGAAAUUCAUGUGGUGCAGGGCCGUUUCCCGGAAUCUUUCCAGCGGGCUUGGGAACACUAUAAGGAGACUAAAGAUGAUUGUGAGAAUCCUAACCCGGCUAGCAAGAAGGCAUACCCGGAAACUCAGCUAUGGGCGAUUGUGGAGAUGGAUGAUGCGGGAUGUGAGCUGGAGAAGUUCAGUUGGUCGUCAAUUUUCCAGAUUUAUGACAUUUUCUGGGGCGUUGCUAUGGCCUUGGCUCGUGCAGAGGAGUACGCUCUUUUUGAACAUCGGGAUCUCCAUCUCGGAAACGUGUGCAUUCAAUCUACUCGACCAGACGGCACGACAAAUCCGCCCACUGAUAUGGAGAUCGCACGCCAAAGCUCGCCUAGCGGAUUUGGAUUGGGCGCACUUGAGACAACUAUCAUUGAUUACUCGCUCUCUCGUGCCGAUCUACGCCUAGGUGAUUUGCCCGAUGACCCCGAUGGUGUUAUCGAGAAUGCUUCUUCCGAUUUGGAUAAGAAGCAGAUCUUCGAUGCAGUUGGUGAGGAUGAGGAUGAAAUACUUCUGAGAAAUACUUAUCGAUAUAUGCGCGCAACACUUUAUACUGGAAAUCCCUCGGAUACCGAAAAGCCACGCAACGUUCAGGGUAUAUGGGCGGAGUAUGCUCCCCGAACAAAUUUGGUGUGGCUACUUUUCAUACUUAAGAACCUGAUGAAGAACCGGAAGCCCGAGCCGACGCAGUCAACGCCAGUCCCAGUGCCACAGCCCCAAAGAAAGGCAUUAGCACCUUGUUCUCCAAAUCGAGCUAUGGAGAGGCAACCAACGAAGGGAAAGACGAACAAGGCGAACGAUCAGAGCUUGGCUGGAGCCCUGGUCAAGGAACGACAAAGUAAGGAUCUGCAAACUCGUGUUAUGCAGCUCAAGCAGACUCUCGAGGAUAGGAUGAAGACUGUUCUUGCUCUUCUGGACCUCGAAAAUGGGCACGAGGAUAUGUGCUGCGCAGCUGAUCUUGUUGCGUAUGCAAUGGAUUCUCAGUGGUUGGCUGAACAAGACUUUUUCUAA